AUGCGGGCUGGAGGAGCAGAAACCACUUGUGAGAGGGCAGUGCGGCGGGUGCGAAGGCGCAGCCUGCAGAGCUCCACGGGGACUGUGGCGUCCCCGGCGACCCGAAUGGAGGCUGCUGUGUUGCAAGAACUCAAUUGGCCAGAGCAGAGGAGGAGAGAAAAAGAGAUUCUAGCAAAAUGGAAAAAUUUGCAGGUCAAAGUUCCUCCUGGGAAUGAAAGACCUCCUGAGUGGAGUCUUGGCAUCGGUACAGGAUUUGGGGUGGAGCGAGUGCUGUCCAGAUCCACGUGUGACUCAACCGGUGAGCGGGACAAACCAGUCAGUGUCUCCGAGUUCCUCCUCCUGGGACUCUCCAGGCAGUCCCAGCAGCAGCGUCUCUUCAUGCUCUUCCUGAGCAUGUACCUGGCCAUGGUCCUGGGAAACCUGCUCAUCAUCCUGGCUGUCAGCACAGACUCCUGCCUGCACACUCUCAUGUACUUCUUCCUCAGCAACCUGUCCUUUGUGGACAUCUGCUUCUCCUCCACCACUGUCCCCAAGAUGCUGACCAAUCAACUUGGGACUCAGACCAUCUCCUCCUCUGGCUGUCUCACACAGAUAUAUUUCCUCAUUGAGCUUGCUGACCUGGAUAAUUUCCUCCUGGCUGUGAUGGCCUAUGAUCGCUUUGUUACUGUGUGCCACCCCUUACAUUACACAGCAAAGAUGACCCAUCAGCUCUGUGCCCUGCUAGCUGCUGGAUCGUGGGUCAUUGCCAACUAGAAUUAUCUGCUGCACACCCUGCUGAUGGCUGAACUCUCUUUCUGUGCAGACACCAUUCCUCACAUCUUCUGCGAUGUGACUCCUCUCCUGAAACUCUCCUGCUCAGAGAUUCUUACUGAGGCUGCCCUGGUCAUAAUCACCCCAUUUCUUUGCAUCCUGGCUUCCUAUAUGCACAACAUGUGUAUCGUCCUGAAGGUCCCAUCCACAAAGGGACAAAGGAAAGCCUUCUCCACCUGUGGCUCCCACCUGGCUGUGGUUCUCUUUUAUGGCACCAUCGUCUCGUAUUUCAACCCUUCAUCCUUCUACUCAGCUCAGAAAGAUAUAGCAGCUGCUGUAACGUUCACACUGGUGACUCCGAUGCAACCUUUUAUCUACAGCCUGAGGAACAAGGACAUAAAAGGGGCUCUUGGAAAAGUGGUUCCUGUGAAUUUUUUUUUCUGUUCAGUAGUGAUAUGGGCUAAGAUAUUCCUAGAAGGAGCUCAUUACUGA